AUGGCUGCCGCAAACCACUUUCAACCUCCGCAGAGAGAUCCGCCUCAACAGCAUAGCAGGCAUGUGGCUCCGGAAUAUGCUUCAUUUCCUCCUCCACCUUCUAUUCCUUAUCCUAUUGCUAUGUAUGAUCUAGCCAUAGCAUUCUACUAUCCAUGCCCUCAGCACCUGCCGCCUUGUCAUAUGGCAGGAGAAAGCUACCAUUCUACCUUCGCUUCUUCUUCCUCUUCUUCUUCUGCCACUCCUAUGCCUGUUCCUUAUUUCCCCCACAAUCAUACUCCGUGUGAUAAUCUUUAUUAUUACCAUCCUCAGGGCUACGCGCCUCCUCACCAUCAACAGCAACCGUUAAUGCCCCCUUUCCUGCAGGGCCUUCCUCCUCCUCCUCCUCCUCAAAUGAAUAUGGCAAAACUAGUGCUGCCAUGCCAGAAAAUGGCCGACCCCGAGGCAAAGCUGUUUGUUGGAGAUCUACCCAUGCAAAUGACGACAGACGAAAUGCGGAAGGAGCUCAUUGAAAAGUUCAGUUUCCAUGGUCCAUGUACAGUCAAUGUUAUAUGGAAGUCUACCAUAACUCGGGUGAAUGAAAAGCCAAUUCCGACUGGAUGGAUACAGUACAAGAACUUUAUCGAUGCAAACGCAGCAUUGAUGUGGGCCAAAAACGAAGGAUUUUGUAUUGGAAACCGCACUGUGAGAGUUGAACGAGCUGAUGGCAAGAGAAUCUGCCGUCUCUACCCAAGCGACCCCCGCGCUGUCCCGACUCUCGAGGACUUCAAGGAUAUUAUGACGAAGUUCAUUCAUUGGACCGGCAAGCAGAAGAAUAAAUUCCUCAAAUUCUCGAUCCAAUACAGAAUCGACAUUGAGCGGGUGAGCAUCACUAACGACGUUUAUUGGCGACUUCCCUCUGUCCUCCCCGAGCACCAUCGUCUUCUGUCCUUGAAUGGCCUAGGUCUGGACCCUAGCGAAGUAUGGCGACAGGACCGUCAACGUCUGCGAGAACAACGAGAAGACCGACACAAGUUACGAUUGCAAUUGCACGAGCGGGCAGAGGCUAACAGCAACAACAACAACAUCAACAUUCAUGGGAAUGGCGCUUCGGAUCCCUGUUACGACUUUGUCGAUAAACUGCCCUCGGAGAUACUUCGGUUCCCUAAGCAGAGCGCUGCUUCCCGCUUCAACAGCCGUCGAGGUAGCUCCAUGAUGGAAAAGAAAAUGUCAUAUAUAAUAGGUAUGGAGUUGAGAGACAUCUGCGAUCCGGCGCUUGAAUCGGCAUUUAUGGUCUGA